AUGUACGAUUAUUCCAAAUUUGAAGCCGCGGUGGCCAGAAGAGGCACUCUCGACCGCAACAACAACAACAAUGUCGUGACAUGUGAAGAGGCGGCCCGAAGUGGCUGUGUGGAAAGUCUCAAAAAGGCUCGAUUGUGUGGUUCUCCCUGGGAUGAGUCUACUUGUGUAGAAGCUGCUAAACAUGGCCAUCUGCACGUCCUGAAGUGGUUGAGAGAGAAUGGUUGCCCCUGGAAUGCAAGAACAUGUUUUGCGGCUGCCAAACAUGGUCAUUUGGAAAUUCUCAAGUGGGCUCGAGAAAACGGCUGCCCCUGGACGGCAAGCAUCUGUGCCGCGGCGGCCGCCGGUGGCCAUUUGGAAGUCCUCCAAUGGGCCCGACAGAAUGGAUGCCAGUGGGAUCCAGAGACAUGUGCAUCUGCUGCCAGAAAUGGCCAUUUGGAGAUCCUCAAGUGGGCUCAUGCAAAUGGUUGUCCCAAGAAUGAAUACACAUGCCAAGCUGCUGCCAGAACUGGUAAUUUGAACAUUCUAAAAUGGGCGCGCUUUAACGGAUUUGAAUGGGAUGCCGAGACAUGCUCGGCUGCCGUGGAAGGUGGCCACUUUUGCAUUCUGAAAUGGGCCUACGUGAAUGGAUGCCGUUGGAAUCGAUCCACAUGUGAGUCUGCUGCUCGAAAUGGGUAUUUGGGAAUUCUCAAAUGGGCUCGAGAGAAUGGUUGUCCCUGGGGUCCACAGACAUGUACCGAAGCCGCUCGAAAUGGUCAAAUGGAAACUCUUUUGUGGGCACACGUGAAUGGUUGUCCAUGGAAUGCACAAACACACACAGCAGCUCAUCGAGCAGGUCAUCCUGAAAUUGUGAUGUGGCUGAAGCAGAAUGGAUGCCCAUCCAAAACUGCAAAGAAACGUUCUCCAGCUGCCCGUUGA